AUGAAGGUUGAACUUGACUCAUUUUCCGGUACUAAGAUCUACCCAGGUAGAGGUACUUUAUUCGUUAGAGGAGACUCUAAGAUUUUCAGAUUCCAAUCAUCUAAAUCUGCCUCUUUAUUCCACCAAAGAAAGAACCCAAGAAGAAUCUCAUGGACUGUUUUAUACAGAAGACAACACAAGAAGGGUAUUUCUGAAGAAAGCGCUAAGAGAAGAACUAGAAAGACCGUCAAGAACCAAAGAGCUAUUGUCGGUGCUUCUUUAGAAUUGAUCAAAGAAAGAAGAUCCCAAAAGCCAUCUGACAGAAAGGCUGCCAGAGACGUUAAGUUAGCUAAGGACAAGGAAGCAAAGAAAGCUGAUAAGGCUGCUAGAAAGGCUGAAAAGGCCAAGUCUGCCGCUGCUGGUGCUCAAUCUAAGGUCUCUAAGCAACAACAAAAGGGUGCUUUCCAAAAAGUCCACGCCACUUCCCGUUAA